GCCACUGAUGUCGAGAACAGCUGGAGCUUCGUGACGUCAUUGUUAGGUCAGGGCGUGUUGCUAGCGGGGCGACGUGUUCAGGCCAAGCAGUCGUCUUUUCAACAUCAGCUGGACUAAUGUUGAACAUUCACAAAAUUGGACAUGGAUUUUAACUCAUUAUUUAACGAUACAGCUAUUCAGUUUUCCGACUUCCACGAGUUCACGUUUCUGCCUGGACACCAGAAGUUGUCUGAACGAGUGAGAAAGCGAUUGUAUUAUGGCCUGGAACAAGAUGUGUCUCUUGAGGUCCUCUCCUCCCCUGUGACAGAUAUCGCUGUUGAAAUCUUCCAGAAAAAUGCCCCGAGCCCGAUACGAAAACUCCACAAGAAGUAUGCCGCGCAUGUUGCCAGGGAGGCUUGCAUUUCCCCGUGUGCCAUGAUGCUGGCUCUGGUUUACAUUGAAAGGCUCCGUCACAGAAACCCCGAAUACCUGCAAAAGAUCUCCUCGUCCGACCUCUUCCUGAUCUCCAUGAUGGUUGCCAGCAAGUACUUGUAUGAUGAAGGAGAGGAAGAGGAGGUUUUCAAUGAUGAGUGGGGAACAGCUGGGAAGCUGGACGUUGAAACGGUUAAUAAUCUGGAGAUGAAUUUUCUGAACGCCAUUGAGUGGAGUCUCUUCACAGAGUCCAAAGACUUCUUUGAUGCACUGAGCCAACUGGAGACCAGCAUUGCAGAGCGUCAGGGGAUGAAGCGAGGCUGGUUUACCUACACUGACCUAUGUGUGUUACUGGAGCAAUCAACAUGGAGCCAAGCACUUACAGCCAUCUACCAGCACUUUACCAAGGUUUCAUGUAUGCUCGGAUUUUUGUACCUGACCAGUGUGGCUGGCCUCAUUGCCACCAGCACUGUGCUGCACCAACUCAGCCUCUGUCCAAGCGGCCACACUCUGUUGCCACGCCCAACUCAAGUCACCCCGGCGCACCUUCGCACCUCCAGCCUCCACCCAGAAGCUCCCGCUGAGCUCCACCACCUCCCCUGUUGCACUCUGGCCAACCAGAGUCUGAACUGUCACACCAAAGUGCUUGGAGUGGGCCGACCCCGCAGGCCAGCUUCUGUUCUGACCGCCUCAAAGACAUCUGUCUUGUAUCUGUGGGGCUCACUCCUCACCUCUGUGGGCUCCGCAUGUCCAGAGAGGGAGUUGGAUUCCCCUGAGGCCUGGUCCACUGCUUCCCCGUUUCUUCCUGGCUGUCAUACCACCCUCGCUCAACCGGAGCGCAUGCUGAGAAACCACUCGACUCUGUUCGGCCAUCGUGUAUCGUGGCUGGCCUCCAUCUUCCUUGGAGGCGCUGAAACCAAUCCUGACCUUGGAAUGUUUCCACCUGUGCCGCUUGGACAUUGUCAUCAACAUUUUAUGGUACCUGUAGACGAGACCCGAGCUCUCCUCAUGCCAGGCUAGCAGCCUGCAGACCGCACUGCUAAAAGCUCAUGGUCAAAGCAAUAGAAGAGAAACCAGCACUGUUUUUCAUCAGCUCCUCGCAUUUUUAUUUGACAUAUCUCCUAUCUAGAACACACAAGAAGUGCACAUGUCAUAUUUUGCUUGACUGCAGAGUCAUCCUAAUUUAAGAGGGUUUUCAUUGGGGAUUUUGGGGGCUAGUUUGCCUGUUAUUUAACUUGAAAGCUAUAGGAUUUUGUGCUGAGGGUUUAAGUACGUUUGGUUUAAACGACGGCGCUUGGCGAGAACAACAAAUAUUAGUCGGUUUUUUUUUCACUAGCAUGCAUUUCUGGUCAGAGACGGGCCACACGCACACAAUAUGCUGCAAGUGCUGUUCUUUUUGAAUGAAAAUGCCUCCCACUAUAGCUAAUUAUUGUCCUACUACAACAGGGUCGUAGUGCACCUUCUUUUCCUCUUUCUUCAGGGCUGCAUAUGUAAAAAGUGAAGGAUGCAGGGCGCCGCUUUGAUACAUUUUGUGCUGUAAAGACGCUAAAACCAAUCCAGUGUCGACCAAUAUACGCCAAGCUGAACAACAUAUCAACAUCCGAGCUUUGUGUUCUAGCCAACAAAGCAAAUUAGCAGAAAGAAGCCGAAGGCCAAAAGUGGCCACAUUUUGCACACACCUUCCUAAGGGAUCGUACAUAUUCUACUUUGCGUUUUGGAGCAUAAUUCCACCUUAUUUAGUAUGCUAGCGUGAGAGUGGAAGAUUUAUAUCUGCUUGUUGCUUCACUCCAGGCGUGGUGCCAUGGCCGUCUUUUUGACAGGACAGUAGUUGGGUUUCUUUUCAAAGUGUGACUUGCAUCAUGAUUUGAUGAUUGUGACCCCCAUGAAGCCGAAAUGGUCCCCAGGACUUUGGAAUUGAUCAAGUUGCAAUGACAAUUUAAUAUACUUGGAAGCACAAUGUUGUACAUCUUGUCAAACGCAAAUAUUGGGGGAAAAACAAGACUAUUUAGGGAGGAAAAGAACGCUGACAUGAAUAAAGAAUGGCUUUCUUUGCUGA